AUGACCGAGCACAGGUACCAAUGUGGUGUGAGCGGCUGUGACAUGACCGAGCACAGGUACCAAUGUGGUGUGAGCGGCUGUGACAUGACCGAGCACAGGUACCAAUGUGGUGUGAGCGGCUGUGACAUGACCGAGCACAGGUACCAAUGUGGUGUGAGCGGCUGUGACAUGACCGAGCACAGGUACCAAUGUGGUGUGAGCGGCUGUGACAUGACCGAGCACAGGUACCAAUGUGGUGUGAGCGGCUGUGACAUGACCGAGCACAGGUACCAAUGUGGUGUGAGCGGCUGUGACAUGACCGAGCACAGGUACCAAUGUGGUGUGAGCGGCUGUGACAUGACCGAGCACAGGUACCGAUGUGGUGUGAGCGGCUGUGACAUGACCGAGCACAGGUACCGAUGUGGUGUGAGCGGCUGUGACAUGACCGAGCACAGGUACCGAUGUGGUGUGAGCGGCUGUGACAUGACCGAGCACAGGUACCAAUGUGGUGUGAGCGGCUGUGACAUGACCGAGCACAGGUACCAAUGUGGUGUGAGCGGCUGUGACAUGACCGAGCACAGGUACCAAUGUGGUGUGAGCGGCUGUGACAUGACCGAGCACAGGUACCAAUGUGGUGUGAGCGGCUGUGACAUGACCGAGCACAGGUACCAAUGUGGUGUGAGCGGCUGUGACAUGACCGAGCACAGGUACCAAUGUGGUGUGAGCGGCUGUGACAUGACCGAGCACAGGUACCAAUGUGGUGUGAGCGGCUGUGACAUGACCGAGCACAGGUACCAAUGUGGUGUGAGCGGCUGUGACAUGACCGAGCACAGGUACCAAUGUGGUGUGAGCGGCUGUGACAUGACCGAGCACAGGUACCAAUGUGGUGUGAGCGGCUGUGACAUGACCGAGCACAGGUACCAAUGUGGUGUGAGCGGCUGUGACAUGACCGAGCACAGGUACCGAUGUGGUGUGAGCGGCUGUGACAUGACCGAGCACAGGUACCGAUGUGGUGUGAGCGGCUGUGACAUGACCGAGCACAGGUACCAAUGUGGUGUGAGCGGCUGUGACAUGACCGAGCACAGGUACCGAUGUGGUGUGAGCGGCUGUGACAUGACCGAGCACAGGUACCGAUGUGGUGUGAGCGGCUGUGACAUGACCGAGCACAGGUACCGAUGUGGUGUGAGCGGCUGUGACAUGACCGAGCACAGGUACCAAUGUGGUGUGAGCGGCUGUGACAUGACCGAGCACAGGUACCAAUGUGGUGUGAGCGGCUGUGACAUGACCGAGCACAGGUACCAAUGUGGUGUGAGCGGCUGUGACAUGACCGAGCACAGGUACCAAUGUGGUGUGAGCGGCUGUGACAUGACCGAGCACAGGUACCAAUGUGGUGUGAGCGGCUGUGACAUGACCGAGCACAGGUACCAAUGUGGUGUGAGCGGCUGUGACAUGACCGAGCACAGGUACCAAUGUGGUGUGAGCGGCUGUGACAUGACCGAGCACAGGUACCAAUGUGGUGUGAGCGGCUGUGACAUGACCGAGCACAGGUACCAAUGUGGUGUGAGCGGCUGUGACAUGACCGAGCACAGGUACCAAUGUGGUGUGAGCGGCUGUGACAUGACCGAGCACAGGUACCAAUGUGGUGUGAGCGGCUGUGACAUGACCGAGCACAGGUACCAAUGUGGUGUGAGCGGCUGUGACAUGACCAAGCACAGGUACCAAUGUGGUGUGAGCGGCUGUGACAUGACCGAGCACAGGUACCAAUGUGGUGUGAGCGGCUGUGACAUGACCGAGCACAGGUACCAAUGUGGUGUGAGCGGCUGUGACAUGACUGAGCACAGGUACCAAUGUGGUGUGAGCGGCUGUGACAUGACUGAGCACAGGUACCAAUGUGGUGUGAGCGGCUGUGACAUGACCGAGCACAGGUACCAAUGUGGUGUGAGCGGCUGUGACAUGACCGAGCACAGGUACCAAUGUGGUGUGAGCGGCUGUGACAUGACCGAGCACAGGUACCAAUGUGGUGUGAGCGGCUGUGACAUGACCGAGCACAGGUACCAAUGUGGUGUGAGCGGCUGUGACAUGACCGAGCACAGGUACCAAUGUGGUGUGAGCGGCUGUGACAUGACCGAGCACAGGUACCAAUGUGGUGUGAGCGGCUGUGACAUGACUGAGCACAGGUACCAAUGUGGUGUGAGCGGCUGUGACAUGACUGAGCACAGGUACCAAUGUGGUGUGAGCGGCUGUGACAUGACCGAGCACAGGUACCAAUGUGGUGUGAGCGGCUGUGACAUGACCGAGCACAGGUACCAAUGUGGUGUGAGCGGCUGUGACAUGACCGAGCACAGGUACCAAUGUGGUGUGAGCGGCUGUGACAUGACCGAGCACAGGUACCAAUGUGGUGUGAGCGGCUGUGACAUGACCGAGCACAGGUACCAAUGUGGUGUGAGCGGCUGUGACAUGACCGAGCACAGGUACCAAUGUGGUGUGAGCGGCUGUGACAUGACCGAGCACAGGUACCAAUGUGGUGUGAGCGGCUGUGACAUGACCGAGCACAGGUACCAAUGUGGUGUGAGCGGCUGUGACAUGACUGAGCACAGGUACCAAUGUGGUGUGAGCGGCUGUGACAUGACUGAGCACAGGUACCAAUGUGGUGUGAGCGGCUGUGACAUGACCGAGCACAGGUACCAAUGUGGUGUGAGCGGCUGUGACAUGACCGAGCACAGGUACCAAUGUGGUGUGAGCGGCUGUGACAUGACCGAGCACAGGUACCAAUGUGGUGUGAGCGGCUGUGACAUGACCGAGCACAGGUACCAAUGUGGUGUGAGCGGCUGUGACAUGACUGAGCACAGGUACCAAUGUGGUGUGAGCGGCUGUGACAUGACCGAGCACAGGUACCAAUGUGGUGUGAGCGGCUGUGACAUGACUGAGCACAGGUACCAAUGUGGUGUGAGCGGCUGUGACAUGACCGAGCACAGGUACCAAUGUGGUGUGAGCGGCUGUGACAUGACUGAGCACAGACACAGCGGGCCAGAGGGAGUCGACUCGGGACUGCAGCCGGAGCUCACUCAAUCAGACGGGGUGGGACAGAGAGGACCCCGUGACCCCCGCCCCCACAGACACCAGCUGUGGUCACGCCGGGGCCAGAUCUCCUUGUACUUUUUCAUAACCGUGAACAUUGUAAAAUAG